GAGAUUAUUAGUUCCCAACACUUUUUUUUUCUUGCCGUUGCUUUCCUUUACCUUCCUUCAACUUUUCCAUGUCAAACGAAGAAUCUAAGAAGCCCGGUGUCGAGCAUAGAGACCCACAGUACUUUGGGUACUAUGCAAUGUUACAGCAUCAGCAAAACAUGCUGCAAGACACGGUGCGAACGUCGACCUACCGCUCUGCUAUCUUACUUAAUGGUCCUGGUUGCUUCCAAGGCAAGAAAGUAAUGGACGUUGGUGCUGGUUCAGGUAUCCUUUCCUAUUUUGCUGUCCAGGCAGGUGCCUCGCAGGUGUACGCCGUUGAAGCUUCGGGUAUGGCAAAGAAAAUGAAGAAGCUUGUGGAAGCGCCCAACACAAAUGAAUUUCUCAAGGGCAAGGUGCAGGUAGUUAAUGCCAAGAUUGAAGAUCCAGAUCUGCCGAUCCCAAAGGUAGACACCCUUAUCUCUGAACCGAUCGGUGUACUACUUUUCCACGAGCGUAUGCUCGAGAGUUAUAUUUACGCGCGCGACCAUUACUUGAAACCAGGCGGUGCUCUUUUCCCAUCAAAAGGAAACAUCUUUUUGGCACCAUUCACUGAUGCCACGCUGUGGAGCGAAACAAUGGCAAAGGCGCGAUUUUGGGAGCAACCGUCCUUCUAUGGCAUCAAUCUGACUUCGUUAUACAAGGAUGCUCGAGACGAAAUGUUCGGCAUGCCUGUCGUUGGACAUUUUGAUCAUCGCAACCUUAUCACCACUCCUACGUUAUUUGAUGGAUACGGUGUCGACUUCUCCAGCGUUACUGUUAAAGAGCUGUUAGACAUGACCAUGCCUUUCAAAUGGUCGGCCGGAUAUACCGGUUUGAUGCACGGUAUUGCCGGUUGGUUCGACUUGGUUUUUGCUCCUCCACCUUACGAUGGAAAGUCAAAUGACCCUAAUCUCCUCAACACCACGAUCGAAAUGUCGACUGGCCCUGCAGCCGACCGUACUCAUUGGCAACAAGUUCGCUUCUUAUUCAAGGAACCUCUAGCUAUUAACGCUACACAGACGAUUCGAGGAUGGAUGCGUGCUGUAGUCAAUGACAUGAGAAGCUACACAAUUUUUGUUGAAGUGGUCGUUGGUAACGAUACCCCAUUGAGCGAUCCUGCGACAAUUGACGUCGAUACAUUUGCUGAAGCACCUACGGAGGAAGUUCCGUUAAGACGACGAGGCCGUUGGGAGUUGCAUGAACAGACCUACAACUACAACUACACUCCAGGGCUUGUUUCGGACCACAAACCAGAAUACUCUUGCCUGUACCAACCAGAAAGCGCCAUCGAUCAAGUUAUUGAAAAUCAACCACCAGCUCCACCAGCUCCACAGCAAGGAGAGUCCAUUGACUUUUCUGCAGUGAACAAUGUCAUGGAAAACUACGACAAUUUUGUAAAUUAAAACAUAUCCAUCCUUUGUUGGCAAAACAGUAGAAAGAACUACUUUUUGGUGCUCAAUUGCUCUUAUGAAACAAGAAAAGUAAUAAAAAUACAGUGGCACAAGAUAAACUGUGCUUUGCGUUCCGUGAU